AUGCCUGUUCAUUACUACAUCAACUCGGAUACACCCGUCGUAGCCGAAUCCAGUGUCCUGGGGUUACAGAAACUACCGAAAAUCACCCUCACGAUGAAGCGUGCCCCACCUAGAGGCAUAGAUAGCGGUAACUCAACGCUUAAUUGGACCUUUGAACACGAAAAGGUCUUAGCUGAUAUUACUAUACCUGGACUUCAAGCCAGAGAUAUUCCCCUAUACUGGCAAUGCGAGCAUAUCAUCUUAACACGUCAGUGUACCCACAAUACAUGUUAUCUCGUUUGCUACGAUGAUCGAAAUACCUUGGAGAAUACGGACGAGCGACUUUACCUGAAGACAAACGAAGGAUUGACCUCAAUGAACCCACCAGCGGGAUGGCAAUUAGUUCUCGAAAACAUACUAGAAGGAUGGAGUAUUUAUCGAAUUCCUGAAAAUCCUCAUAUUAAGCCGGACCAGAGUGGCGAUAGAUCAACAGGUGGUGCUGAGACGGAGCUUUCACAGAGUGGCAAUGAUUCAACAGAUAGUCAUGAGGCGGAGGGACCUCCUCUUGGCAAUGUUUACAUUUAG